CCAGUCUCAUUUCUUGAUUGACAGGACAGCAGCACCGGACCGGACGUACGCGCCUCGGCCCCGCUUGGCCAUCGCACCGGCCGCGCUCCAGACGCUCGGGCAACGAAAGAUCUCGCAUCGGGCCCCGCGCAGACGCAAAUCUUGAGGGCAAAGAGCCGCGGGCCAGUCGUUAACCCCACCGCGAAGGCCCCAGGAAGAGACGCAACAGACGCUCCAGCCAGCAGCGGGUGGCCUCCAGCCUGCUGUUAGCCAACGACGAAGGUCUUCGGCGGCCCAGAGGACAGGAAGGAGUCGACAAUUUUGAGCUUCUGUAUUGACUCGUGAGGCUGCCCGCGCGCGGCCCGAUGACGACGCGCCACAGACAAACACAGGACAGACCUAUGGCCAAUAGCAGCCAGCGGAUGGCGCUUAACGCCAACAAGAACAAGAACUGGAGAGCCAACUACCUACGCGCUCUUAAUAUCUUCACGCCGGAUCUGGCUACGUCCACACGCGGACGGUAUGGCCCGAGUGGGGACGGUAAUCGACGACCAACGGCUAAUGGACGCGCCGAGACUUCAAGUCGUCGACGCACGGCGACGGCGACGGAUGAGACGACGCGUCGGCCCGAGAGUAACAAUAGCAGAGGACGCUCGACCGUCUCGGUGUCGACGUCAGCCAGACAGAGCAGUAGAUCUACAUCGUCGUCCAGGAGCCGGUGGGGUACGUCCCCUUCAGAGGACAAGACGUCUUCGUACGUGUUCGGUCUGCGGUCUCAUCUUUUCCGGGCGCGAAGACUGGCACCCAAAAGCGACCAAAUGGUCGUGGACCGCGUGUCUGCGCCCAUCGAGAUCCCCACGGGUUCUUGUGCGACCUCGCCGACGGCGAUCCCGUCACGAGACGAGAAGGACUCUGAGUGCCGUAGACGACGCGGAAGUAGCAACGACUUUCAGAACUCGAACGACCCUAAGCAGCCUAUGAUGCAGUUAUUAUCGUGGGAAGAGCCGGCCAUGAUGCUUGGCAAUGGCGGCUGGCCGUUGGAGAGCAAGAAGCGCAGCAAUAACGACGGCUUGGCUAUCCCGGUGAACAAUGGCCGGUCGAGGAGGCCGUAUUCAGGGCCGCACGGUAUCGCCGAGGAGUGCGAGGACACUGAGGAUGAAGGGUUGACGAACACAGAGGACGACGAUGACGACAUAUUUAAGAUGGAGUUCGAGGGCGAAGACAGCGACUCCAACGCCAGUAGUAACGUAUUUAGGGGCAAGCAAAAGACCAAGGAGAAGCGGCGAGUGGGCAUGGACCUGCGGCAGCGUCGGCAGGGAGGCUUUGACGACUUUGAUGACGAUGAAGAGGACGAUGUGGUUACGCCACUGUCCGCUUCGUUCGUGCCGCCGCACCAAAUGGUGGAACGUGGGUGUUUCUCGCUGGGACUGCGUGAUGAACUCAAGCGGAAGCCAGGCAUGCGUGGCUAGUUAGUUAGGACAAACUCAUUGUACGAGUUUUUAAGCAACAGCAACCAAAGCUUUCGUAGUAAUUCAGGUCUUGCACCCACCACUAGGCUUGAAGUAGCAACUUCUUGUUCGGAAUAGAAGAAAAAUGUGAAAUAUUUUACAGCACGAACACUACAAGCUACUGUACAGGAUAUUAUACUUCACUAACAACAAGCUAUGAUC